GUAGAGCGAGAGAAGGCCGACCUCAGCGUUCAGGUCAUCCAGCUGAGCGAACGCAUCGAAGAGGUCGAAGCCGGCGCCGAUGGACAGAUCGAGAUCAACAAGAAGCGGGAUGCGGAGUUGGCCAAGUUGCGCAAGCUGCUGGAGGACGUGCACCUGGAGAGCGAGCAGACCCACCACAUGCUCAAGAAGAAACACCAGGAGGCCGUCGUCGAUUUCCAGGACCAGAUCGACAUCCUCACCAAGGCUAAGAAUAAGAUUGAGAAGGAGAAGAGCAAAUUCCAAGCCGAGGUGUACGAACUGACCCAGCAGCUGGAGAAGGUCACCCUCGAGUCUGCCGGCUACCACAAGUCCGUGAAGAGCCUCAGCAUCUCCAUCCAGGAACUGAACAUCAAGAUCGAGGAGCUGAACCGCACCAUCGUCGACAUCACAUCCGCCAAGCAGCGUCUGAGUGUGGAGAACGUCGAGCUGACCAAGGUUGUCCAGGAAUACAAGGUCAAGAUCGAGGAGCUGAACUACACCAUCAAGUCAGGCUCAACCAGCGCUGACGAAUGGAGGAGGAGAUACGAGCAGGAGGAAGCUCGCCGCCGCAAGUUGGAGAGCGAGCUGCACUCCCUCAACAACGAACUCAACGCACUCAAGCGCUCUUACGACGAGGAGUGCGAGCUGCGCAUCGACAUCGAGCGCAAGUACAACAGCGAGGUCUCCCUUGUGCAGCAGUUCAAGAGCAAGUACGAGAGCGAGUGUCGCAUCCGCGUCGAGGAGAUUGAAGAGAUCAAGAAGAAGAUGACUGCCAGGAUCGUCGAGCUCGAGGAACACUGCACCAGCCUCAACCAGAAGGUCGCCAACGUUGAGAAACAGAAGAGCCGUCUGUCACAGGAGAUUGAGAUCAUGAUCCUUGACUUGGAGAAGGCCAACACCAACCACCGUGAAGUGAAGUCUCGUCUGGAGAUCGUCGACCGCGAGUACAAGACCUUGGUGGUCAAGUACGAGGAGCUCAACCUGCUUUACGAACAGACCAGCAAGGACCUCAAGAUCCGUAUUGCCGAGUACAACAAGGUCACUCAGGAAUACGAGCACAACAAGGAACUGUAUGAGAAGCUGUCCGUUGAUCACAGGAAGAUUGCAUCUGAGAACAGUGACCUGAAGUCUUCCUGCGGAGACCUUGGCCGCAUCAAGCACGAGCUCGAGGUUGAGGUCCGCCGCCUUGAGGCUGAGAGGAACGAACUGGCCACCGCCCUGCACGAGGCUGAUGCUGCCCGCAAGGACGAGGAAACCAGGUUCAUUAAGAUCACUAACGAGUACCAGAGUUACAGGAUCGAGAUCGAGAAGAGGCUCCACAUCCGCGAGGAGGAGCUCGAAUCCGUUCGCAAGCAGAUGGCCAUCGAAGUGGACGCCCUCAACGCCCGUGUGGUUGAGGCCGAGACCCGCCUGAAGUCUGAGGUCACGAAGGUCAAGAAGAAGAUGCAGGUCACCAUCACCGAGCUUGAGAUGAGCCUCGACACCGCCAACAAGUGCAACAUUGACCUGCAGAAGACUGUUAAGAAGCAGGCUAUUUCCCUCCAGGAGCUCCAGACUCACUACGACGAGAUCCAGCGCCAGCUCCAGCAGACCCUCGACCAGUACGGCGUCGCCCAGCGCCGCGUCCAGGCCCUCACUGCUGAGUACGAGGAGGCCCGCGCCAACCUCGAGGCUGCUAUCCGUGCCCGCCGCUCCGCCGAGAUACAGUACGAGGAAUCCUCCGCUCGCAUCAAGGACCUGACCACCAUCAACAUCAACCUCACCAACGCCAAGGCUAAGCUCGAACAGGAACUUUGCGUCAUCGCUGGAGACUACGAUGAAGUCAGCAAGGAACUUAGGCUGUGCGAGGAGCGCCUGAGCAAGGUCAGCGUGGAACUGAAGCGCACCGUCGAGAUCCUCCACGAAGAACAGGAACGCUACGUCAAGAUCGAGUCCAUCAAGAAGUCCCUCGAAGUCGAAGUCAAGAACCUCAACAUCCGCAUCGAGAACGUCGAGGCCAACUCGCUCGCCAACACCAAGAGGAUGAUCUCCAAGCUGGAGGCUAGGGUACAUGACCUCGAGAUCGCCCUCGACGAGGAGCAGCGCCGCCACCAGGAGACCAUCAAGGUCCUGAGGAAGAAGGAGCGCAACGUGAAGGAGCUCGUCCUUCAGGUCGAGGAGGACCACAAGAACAUCCAGAUCCUGCAGGAGACCCUCGACAAGACCUACGAGAAGAUCAACGUCUACAAGCGCCAGCUGUGCGAACAGGAGUCCGUGUCCUCGACCAACCUGUCCCGCGUGCGCAGGUUCCAGAGAGAGCUGGAGGCCGCCGAGGAGCGCGCCGACACCGCCGAGAGCAGCCUGUCCAUGAUCCGCGCCAAGCACCGCACCUUCGUCACCUGCCAGAGCACGGUGUUGCCCAGCGGCGAGACCGUCGUGGUGAAGGAGACCGUGACCCAGCAGUAGAGGCGUCCUUCGGUCCCAUGCCGACCGGCAGCGCCCUCUCCCUCCUCCUUCUUUGGCCAGCGUCGUCGCCAGAGGGACCUUCUCUCUGCUCUCUCGCGACGGCGUCCGCAAGCAAGAUUGUUUACGUCUAUUUUCUUUUUAUCGUGAUAGACACUUUUUCAAUUUGUCUCUCUCUAUCUUGAAGAUAUAGUAUUAAUCUAAGAGAAAAAAUAUUACUUUUAAAAGAAAUCUAAUUUAAAGAACUAACUAAAUAAAAAUAAUCUCAAGCUCUUAAGUAAGGAAAAACAAAACAAAAGCAAGAUACCACCAUCACAUGUACUCAUUGUAUAUAUAAUUGGACGUAAUAAAAGAUUUGUCAUACACGAAAGUCUGUGAGUGCUAUACAACUGUGUCGGCGAAGUCAUCCUCCUGUGCUGGGGUUGGGAAGAGG